AUGCAGCCUUGCGCGUACCCAGAGAAACAACUCAGGCCAGGGCCCAAAAUUGGUUCGACGCAAAACCCUCGUAAGCGGAAGAGUCGAAGCGAGCCAGACAAAGAUGGACAACCGAGAUCGACGAGGAGACCGCCAUCGACGACAGAGCGAGACGGGUUUCAAACGUCCGGAAAUUGGACCACGGCUUCGAACGAUGCUUCCUCAGACGUAGGCUCAACAUCUUCUGGGAGACAAGCGACCAACAUUGAGAGUCUCAGCUUUAUCAUUCAUCCCUCGCACGAAUCCUGUUCGCCCGAAAAGCGCAGCAAAGACGACAGCCCCAGAUGCAAUGGGCAGAGUCAACAGGAAAGCCAUGUGGCCGCAAGUUGCUAUUCAUUGGGCUUCCAUCCCGAAGACUUGGAGGGCUUAAUCGACCAGUUCUUCGAGAAUUUCGCAUCUUUUCAGCUGUUUCGGGAGCCCGAGUUUCGCCACAUGCUUCAGCAAAUCGAAACCCCUAAUCAGUGCAAGGCUCUUCUUGCAGCAAUCUUGAUCUUCGCGACAAAGGAUCAUGAGCAAUGUGGUGACGGCAACAUACGGUCAGAGACGGACGAAAAAGCCCCAAGUUCAGGCUUUAUCAACCAAGCGUUGAAAUACGUUGACCAGGCCAUCUACGAAUGCGAAGACAUGCCGAUCUCCCUUCCGCUGCUGCAAGCUUUAAUUCUGAUCACACACUGGCUGUUGACACAAGGAGUGCGAGGCCGGGCCUGGAGAUACCUGAGAGUUGCUGUCAGCAGUGCAUACGAAUUGAAUAUGCACCUGAUAGAUGCAAACAACUGCUACGACGACCAGGUAGAUUCGGCACAGUGGUGUGAAGAGGAAGAGCGUCGUCGAGCUUGGUGGGCCAUCUGGGAGAUGGAUGUUUUCGCCAGUGUCAUCCGUCGCUGCCCGACAGCUAUCGACUGGUCCCAGAACGAGACAUUCCUGCCCUCCGAGGACGAGAACUGGCUCAAAGGGGAGCCUCAAAAAAGCUGUACCCUGAGGCUGGACAUUAUUGAGAGAUACAAGGUUCUCGAAGCUACUGGCAACCAGUCUCCCAAGGCUUGGUUUAUUGUGAUCAACUCCCUGAUGAAAGACGCGCAAAACAUCACAAGCCCCAUCGGGGUUGAUAAAGCACCGGUCUCCAAUGGUCAACCCAGAGCAAAUCAGAAUUCGGUCGAAGUCAGCGACGCCGGUCGCGGUGGCCGUCGGAAAGCAACGCCUGACAAGCAGUCACUAAAUCUGCUCUGCAUGAUUCAAAAUGCUCUCCAGUGUACGGUCAUGACGCUUCCCAAACCUCACAGUUACCGAUAUCAGUAUCUCAGCUUUGGGACCCGCGAGCUGGAUCGCCAAGUGAUAAUAAAACAACGACUCCAACAUUGCUCAAUCUAUAGCAUUCACGCAAUGGUCCAACUAACUAAGCUUAUGAUUUACAAGUAUCACCAUUUCCAUAGCACUCCGGGAGAGAGUUCAAGGAACAGCAAUGGUCAGCGCUCUAUACACUCCUCGCACCAGGCGAUGCAGAGUCAGGCUCUCGAGCAUUGCUCGGAAGCUGCUGACGAAAUUGUUGCGCUGGUUGGUCGGAGCUAUGAGGAGCACUACAAAUAUGUUAACCCGUUCCUUGCGAACACUAUCUGGUUGGCUGGUGCCGUACAACUCUUAUACCGAGAGCUUGCACCGCUUGACCGAUCUGACAGAGACUUGGCCAAUUCCAAGUUGGAAGUGCUGAGCAUGACCUACAACAGAUUCGUGGGGUAUUGGAACAUGUCGUCGACGCUACAAAAGAACUUGGAGGUUAUUGAGAGCGAAAUCGACAACCUCCGGAAUGCGGCAGGAAAGAACGAUAUUGCUGAAGGCUCAAGGGCACAUGAGACCGAUCAGAGACUACCUAUAGCGAAAAGACGGACCUACUCAAAUUCUCCGACUGCCCAAAGCUGUAACGGGCCAAAUCGUGGGGAUGGCCGCAACCAUGGCGGAAUGAGUGCGUACUCAGGGAACCAUACAAGGACCCAGACGAGCACGAUGAACACGCAGAAGGCUGCUUUGUCGGCGAUCAAUGAGGGCAGUACUCAACCUCAUAGCGACUUAGCCGGCUUUGGCCCCGUCGACGCAUGCUCCUUUGGCAACAGCUCCGUCUUGCAACAGGAAUCCAUGCAACAAGCACCGCAGGACGGAGUUCCUAACCAGGUUAGACCUUUACCCGAUUCCACGUCGGCCGCAGUGCAACCAAUGCCGAUGCUCUCGGACAACAUGCCUACCAGCGACCUCGUUCGACAGGGGAGCUCACUUUCAUUUUACAACAGCAUUGAUAUGCAACCUGACUUGUCACCCGACUUCUUAGCCGGGAUCCCCUUUGCCAGUGACCUGAUAGGCUCGAAUAACCAUCUUUCAACUUACUUUGGAGAGAUCCUCUCUGGCAGGCCUAUGGCCUGA